AGGAGUUGCGCCUUCGGUCCCUCCAGCCGUUUUUGUACAGCUAAAUGAUUGCCACGGGAGAUUAAAGGAUUUCUCAAAAUCUAUGAAAGACUCAAGGCAACACUCUAGGGCGGUGGAUGAUAAAGUGAUGGAGAUGUUAGGAGGCGACGGCCAUUGUGAUGCUGGGUGGCUGUUGCUCUGGAACUACCAUCUGCCAACAAGGGUGCUAUGUAAUGAUAUCCUUAGCCUGAAGGUGGCAGGAGAUCCAGUUCUAACCCCUCACUCCGUGUGCCUGAGACUGGUAGGCCUCAGCAAACGUCAGAUGCGGAUGUGUAUGCGUAGUCCCGACGUGACGGCAUCCGCCCUGCAGGGCAUCCAGGUGGCCAUCCACGAGUGCCAGCACCAGCUGCGCGACCAGCGAUGGAACUGCUCCUCGCUGGAGAGCUUCGGGAAGCUGCCUCACCACAGCACCAUCCUCAGCAGGGGUUUUCGCGAGAGUGCCUUCUCCCUGGCCUUGCUGGCAGCGGGUGUGGCUCACUCUGUGGCCUCUGCCUGCAGCAUGGGCAAGCUGCGGGGGUGCAGCUGUGAGGCCAAACGUCGCCAGGACGAUGACAAGAUCCGACUGAAACUCACACAGCUGCAGCUGCAGACUCUGCAGAAGGGCGGGGUAGGCAUCGGCAUGACCAAAUCAUUACCCUCAGAUCUAAAUGGGCACCAUGGGAACCUACCGCCCGACCUACAGUCUGCCCACACGUCUGCCAUGCUCAAGCCUUUAUCAGAUGACGUAAGCUCUAUGCAGGACACCUGGAUGUGGGGGGGCUGUGGUCAUGAUUUGCGGUUUGGGGACCGUUUUUCAAGAGACUGGCUUGAUUCCCGUGGCUCUCCAAGGGACAUCUAUGCGCGCAUGAGGAUACAUAACAACCGCGUAGGGCGACAGAUAGUGACUGACAACAUGACAAGGAAGUGCAAAUGUCACGGCACAUCAGGGAGCUGUCAGUUCAAGACCUGCUGGUACGUUUCUCCAGAGUUCCGCGUUGUUGGAUCUCUGCUCAAGGAGAAGUUCUUGUCGGCCAUCUUCGUCAACUCCCAGAACAAAAACAAUGGCGUUUUCAACCCUCGAACAGAGAACAGUGCCCGCAGAAGCACUGGGGGGUUCAGCGGAGGGCGCCGUAGAAGCAUGUCCAGGGAGCUGGUGUAUUUUGAGAAGUCGCCUGAUUUCUGCGAGCGCGAUGCGUCAAUAGAUUCUCCAGGUACGCAGGGACGCAUCUGCAACAAAACGAGCUACAGCACAGACAGCUGCAGCUCGCUGUGCUGCGGCCGCGGGCACAACAUCCUACGGCAGACUCGCAGCGAGCGUUGCAAUUGUCGAUUUCACUGGUGUUGCUACGUUCUGUGCGAGGAGUGUCGCCUCACAGAGUGGGUGAAUGUGUGCAAGUAGAUCCAGCUUUUGUUUUGCUCUUUGUGCAACUAUUCUUGGGAAUCAGUUUAUCCCCCUCAUUUUCUGUGUGUUUUUUUUUAAGUCCAUCAUCUGGGAUCUAUUUUCUCUGCAUAGCUGCUGUGAUCCCAAAAUGCCAAGUCAGAGAUUGAAGAGGUGACUCAUGACAUUUGUCUUGCCAUGGCCUGUUUAGACGCUACCCUCUCAGCCAUGAAGAGGGCCCACACUCCAGUGUUUCUACCCCACAGAAACCUGGAGAAACAGCAGAAGACCGCUAAAGUGUCAGUCUUUGCUUUCUUAUUCAUCUUGUUGUACAGUAGCUGUGUAUUUUAUUGUGUGAGUGUAUAUUUGUAAAUGCACAAUUUGUUAAUAUGAUUAUUGUUUAAUGUUGGUUUUAGUGAAUGACAGAAAGGGAACUGCCAACAUUAUCUGAAAGAUUAAUAUAAGGCUUCAGGAUCUUAACAUCUUAUAAUCUCUUCAGUAUAUACUAACCAUGGAUAUUUUUGAUUCCAUAACUCACACAGUGCUACAUGAUAGAAUUUAGUUAGCUCUUAUUUUUAUCUUUCCAGAUUAAAAGAAAUCUUAUCCACAAUUCCAAUACAGUGUAAAUUAUUUUAUGGUUCAAAAACAGUCUCAUUAUCUUAAAAUCAGGGAUUAGGGACAAACUCUUGACCCUUCCAUUGAGUGAUCAGCAUCAUAUAAAAAGUCACAAGAAGAUAUUCAUGUAAUUAUCAUUGAAUUUUUUUUACUAGGAAUCAACACUAAAUGAAUACAAUCAAGCACUAAUACACCAUAGAAUUAACCUUUAAUCUAAAUAUCAGUCACACAAAACAAACGUAAAAACAAAGACACUACAAUAGCUCUUUGUCAAACAGCACAAGAGUUUUGCUUAUUCCCUCACUGCCAUAUUUCAGGUGGGCUGAUAGGGAAAUUGCUUUGGUUUUAGCUGGAAUGUCACUCUGAAACUGUCAUGCUGGCUGCUUUGCCGCAGGUUAUUGGAUGCCUCGGUCCUUGAACACACAUCCAAGGUGACUGGAGGGAAAUUUAAAUCUUGAACAGAUUUACAAAAAAAUAAUAAAAAAUAUUGAGAAAUGUUGCACUGCUUGCCAUGCUAACUAAAACAUUUGGCACAACUGGAUCUGUAAUGAGUGAUAAUGCUGCUCUGAGCAAGUCUUCCUUCUUUAUUUAUGUCCAAGUUUGAACAUCCUGCAGUUCACUGGGAGCUCAAACUUCCAGGUUAGGAGACACCACAAGAGACAGAUUGACCAAUCAGAUGUGCACCUGGUUAAAAAGUUGAUUAAUUUUGUUUUUAUAAAAAUCUGUUCCUUAUGUAAACACUCUAACACUUGUUGACAAAAUGUCAACAAGUGUUAGAGUGUUUACAUAAGGAACAGGCGUCAACAAGUUCUACAUUGUUCACAAAAUAUCAAUAAAUAAUCACUUCAGCUA